AUGAGACCACGAUUUGAGAGGAUCUAUAUCUGCUUGGAUGCUUGUAAAUGGAGUUUCAUGGUGUGCAGACCCAUGAUCGGCCUUGAUGGAUGCUUCAUCAAGACUCCAUAUGGUGAUCAACUUCUAAUAGCCAUUGGAUGGGACCCCACCGAUCAAAUUUUGCCAAUUGCCUAUGUUGUUGUUGAAGCAGAGAUGGUGUACAUUCAUGAGCGACCAACAAAAGGAUUGAUACCUACCUUUGAUGAGUUGCUGCUUGACAUAGAUCACAGGUUUUGUGUCAGAAAGUUUCAACUAAUAGGUUACCCUUGUGAGCAUGCCAUAAGUUGCAUUAGAAAAAUGUGUUUAGAUGUUAAGAACUAUGUGAACAAGUGCUAUAAGAAAGAGACAUACAUGGACUGCUAUCAACAUGUAAUCUACCCUGUGAAUGGACCAAAUCUAUGGGGCUGGACUCAGAAUGAUGAUGUGCUACCACCAGUUUUUAGGAAACCAAUAGGGCGCCCAAAAUUAAGCAAGAAUAAGGAUGGUGAUGAGUCACGCAACAAUGGACCACUGUCUAAAUUAUCCAGGGCUGGACAACAACAAAAAUGCUCCUACUAUUUUGCACUUGGUCACAACAAAAGAACCUGCCCUAGAAAAUGUAAGGUGGAAGCCUCGGCAAAACAGCAGAACGCUGCUCCACAGACCAAGAAGAGUGCUGGCACAACUAGGACUCCAAACCCAGCAAGAAUGCAGCGAAGACAACAACAAAAGCAGCAACAAAACUUCAAGCAAGAGGAAGAGCAUUACAAGUUGUAG